AUACUGUCUCAAACCAAAAAGUGGGAUUAGCACUCAUGAGUGCCAAGUUUUCUCUGUCUGGGACUACUGGUGCCGUCGCCCUCGCUCCUCCUACAGCCGGCUUGACGCUCUGACGCUAGAAUAUUGUACACGGAAAAGGCAGAUCAGAAUCGGCAGUGAGAAAUGGCGAUGUUUCGGAGCUUGGACUCAGGGUUGAAAAAGACGAGCGGUGCAGAAAGCGAGAGGGACAUAUCAGAAUUCGUCUGCCCCGUAUGCCUUGAGAUAUACGAUCGCCCUAUGACCACACAAUGUGGUCACACGUUCUGCUCGAGCUGUCUGCAGGAGUGCCUGCGUCCUCAGAAGCCAGUGUGUGCCGUGUGCCGGACUGCGCUCACCAAGUGGACAGCCUCUGUCGGGCUGGAGGCCCACAUUCAGAACUCCCAGGGCACCUGCAAGGGCUGUCGUGCACAGGUGUACCUGUCCCAGAUGCGCAGUCACACUGCAGCCUGCCCCAAGUUUCAGGAGUACAUCAUGGAAGGGGUCAGCACAACUGCCAAAUCGCAGCCUUCCCGACUCAGCGCUGUGCCAAACCGCUUCACCUUCACCUGUCCGUACUGUGGCUCCCAGAACCUUGAUCAGGAGGGGCUAGUGGAACACUGCAAUGCCCAGCACUCACGUGACCCACGCCAGGUGGUGUGUCCAAUCUGCGCUUCGAUGCCAUGGGGAGACCCAAACUACAAGAGCGCCAACUUCUUCCAGCACUUAAAGAUGCGCCACACUUUCUCCUACGAUACUUUUGUGGACUAUUCUGCAGACGAGCACGCUAUGAUGCAAGAGGCUCUUCAGCGCUCCAUGCUGGACAACUAGUCAUCUAUAGGGGGCAGCGUGAGGUCUCGGAUAACCAGUGCUGGCAGGGUUAACAUGUACAGCGAAGGGAGGAGGAUUCCUACUUGCUUCACAGCACUGUUCAAUAAAGAGAUCAAUACAAACUGCAUUCCAACCUAUUCCCUCCCUGUUCCUUUGUGGGACAGACACAAAAGCACUGGUAUGUGUUUUGCCCUUUUCCUUUACCAUUAUUAGAAGACAUUUAAAUAGGAUCUACCCCUCUGAGCAUGUAACCCUGUUUGCACACACUCUCUACGUCUGAUGCAGGGGCAAGGGAAUGGAUACAGCGUGUACAGUAUUGGUCUGAAGUAUAAAGACUGUUAAAGAGUGUGUGCAAACAGUGUGUAUGUUUGUUAGGAUUAGGUCACAAAAUUGAGGGUAUCUUAGAAUCAGAAUCAUUCUAACUUGAUGAUCAUUUGCCUGGUGACGACGGGAUACCUUAGGCAGAAUAGGUUUGUUGAGAAAAGAUAUGCAACAGCAUGUUCAAUGCAAUUGAAGUGCAAAGACUCUUCUUGGUAGAGGUGAAGCAGUGAGCAAGAAUGAAUUGUGACAGUGUGAGGAUCAAGAACGCUGAAGAUAACAAAGCCCCCUGAAAAAUCCCAUUGAGAUCACAUUAUAAUACCAGUGUAGUACUGUGCCCUGAAAGAACACUAGCACAUACAUGGAUUAAGCUGCAAUACUUCACUGCACACUGUUACUGAUGUGCUACCAGAGUUUGUGUUAGUCGAUCCUGUUGUGAUUCCAUACCUAAAUGUGUUACCACUGUGGUUUAUAGCAUUGUAGCUGGCCAUUGCUACCAUUGUUUCUUAGUACAGAACCAUUGCAUAUCCAUUGAAGAUUAUUUGGUUAGAGAGGCUGUUGUAAUAAAUUAGAUAUGUACGUUUGUCCUCUAGCAACAGCUGCUUAGGAAGGCAGCAUUUUGGAGAGUGCUAGAGUAGGGUUUUUUGCUGCAUUUACAAUGUACAAAAAUAGCCGAAAUUAGCCGUGUAGGCAGUCUUUUAGUACAGUCUCUAAUAAACUGUGAAUUAAAAAAACAAAAAAAGCAUUCAUGACCUUUUACUGGUAAUAAUCUUGUUAGAGCUUUAGAAUUGUGUUUCCCUGUCAUGAGAAAGCUACUGUUGUGUACAAGCGAGAGGAAAGUGCUGUAUUAUAGUGGUGCUCUUGUAUAUUGGAUUGCCCUGUUCAUGUUUCUAAAUUACUCCUACAUGACUGAAUCCAUACCAGACUACUGUGUGUUAUACUUAUGAUGCAUUCUACAUAUAUGCUUGGCAUAUGUAUUUUUUGUUUGUGAACCUUCCUCUAUACUUCUUGUGUAAGGAAAGUACGUUUACCAUGUAUAGUAAAAUAAAUACAUGGUAAAUACAACAAAAUUGGCUCUUUUUUUCAAUCAAUGAAUACAUAAAUAUAUUCCCAUAUGUCAUACAAAUAUGGGUCUUCCAUUCAAUUUAAUAAAAGUAUUGGUAAUAAUCAAA